AUGUCAGUUGAUGAACACCUGGACCCGAUUCCUGACAGCUUCAUCUUGCAGCCUCCGGCCUUCCACCCAGUGGUUCCCUAUGUCACAACAAUUUUUGGUGGCCUGUAUGCAGGCAAGAUGGUCAUGCUUCAGGGCGUGGUCCCUCUACAUGCACGAAGGUUCCAGGUGGACUUCCAGUGUGGGUGCUGCCUGCAUCCUCGGCCGGAUAUUGCCUUCCACUUCAACCCUCGCUUCUACACCGUCAAACCGCACGUCAUCUGCAACACCCUCCAAGGUGGACUCUGGCAAAAAGAGGUCCGGUGGCCGGGCGUCACUCUGCAGAGAGGUGCUAGCUUCCUCAUCCUCUUUCUCUUUGAGAAUGAAGAGGUGAAGGUGAGUGUAAAUGGACGGCAUUUUCUUCACUACCGCUACCAGCUCCCCCUAUCACGUGUGGACACCUUAGGCAUAUAUGGUGACGUUUUGGUGAAGGCUGUUGGAUUCCUGAACAUCAAUCCAUUUGUGGAGGGCAGAAGAGAGUAUCCAGUUGGAUAUCCCUUCCUGCUGUAUAGUCCCAGGCUGGAGGUACCCUGCUCACGCACUCUUCCUCGGGGUCUCUGGCCCGGGCAAGUCAUUGUAGUUCGAGGAUUGGUCUUGCAAGAGCCGAAAGAUUUCACCCUGAGCCUGAGGGAUAGGACCACCCAUGCUCCAGUGACAAUCAGAGCUUCCUUCACAGACAGAACACUGGCCUGGGUCUCCUCCUGGGGACGAAAGAAGCUGAUCGCAGCCCCCUUCCUCUUUUACCCCCAGCGAUUUUUCGAGGUACUGCUUCUAUGCCAGGAGGGAGGGCUGAAGCUGGCACUCAAUGGGCAGGGGCUGGGGGCCACCAGCCUGAACCAGAAAGCACUGGAGCAGCUACGGGAGCUCAGGAUCACUGGAAGUGUCCAUCUCUACUGUGUCCACUACUAA